GCUGGGAUCGCCACAGCGCAUGUCGUCAUUAUCGAAUUGUCAAGACUCGAGUAACUGGCCAAAUAGUUUUUGUGCAAAACGGAAAAACAAAAAUUGAAUCAAAAGCGAAGUAUACGAAAUAUCCGUGAAGCAAGCCAUAAAACCAUAUCCAUUAUCGACGUCGCAAGCCCCCGGAGUUUCGGCCCGAACAAUACGAAUACGUCCAUUCAGACCAAGCGGAUGACCGGCGUCAGGUGUGUGGGCGAUGUCGCAUUCCAUUCGUGGAGUUUAGCACCGCUACGGCGUUUCCGAGACGUACCAUCCCCCGUGCUCCAUCCCCGGAUAAUCUUACAAAACUACAGCAGGCGCAGCUCCAUGCUUUUUUGAUCUAUUGGAAUUUCUUGACGCCCAUAAUUAUUGACUCUGCACUCACCUACACAGCAGACGAUCAGACUUCCACCGUCACUGCGAAUACAAGUCUCCCAACGCCACUCUCUGCCCUCUGCCACCGCUGCUAGUCGAUCAACCUUCCCCCCCGCCAUCAUGGCAUUCCGAUUAACGAUCGAGGACGGACAGUUCCGUGAUAACCAUGGACGUCAGGUCGUCCUCCGCGGUAUUAACGUCGCCGGAGAGAUGAAGCUGCCUAGUAAUCCCGAUACACCAUCCCACAUCUCCGACAACUUCUUCGACGGCGACAACGUCAAGUUCCACGAGCGACCGUUCACAAAGGAAAAUGCCCCGACGCACUUUGCCCGCCUUAAACGAUAUGGCUUCAACACAAUCCGAUACCUGUUUACAUGGGAAGCCAUCGAAGCUGCUGGUCCUGGAAAAUAUGACGAAGAGUUCAUCCAGCAUACCAUUGAGAUUCUGAGAAUAGCAAAGUCCUACGGCUUCUACAUCUUCAUGGACCCCCAUCAGGAUGUAUGGUCGCGCUUUACCGGAGGUUCGGGUGCACCAAUGUGGACAAUCUACGCCUGCGGCCUCAACCCUCACAACUUUGCUGCCACAGAAGCUGCAAUUGUUCAAAACACAUACCACGAUCCGGAUUCAUUCCCUAAAAUGAUCUGGUCUACCAAUUACUUCCGCCUCGCAGCCGGUACGAUCUUUACACUCUUCUUUGCCGGCAAGGAUUUUGCACCCAAGUGCAUCAUCGAUGGUGUCAAUAUCCAAGAUUAUCUGCAAACACACUUCGUGAAUGCCUGCGCCCAUCUCGCCAAACGUAUCCACGAGGCUGGCGAUUUGGAAAAUGAGGUCGUUAUCGGAUGGGAAAGUAUGAAUGAGCCCAACCGUGGUAUGGUUGGAUAUCAAGACAUUACAGUUAUUCCCAAGGAGCACCCUCUGAAGAAAGGCACAUGUCCUACCAUGUGGCAGACUUUCUUGACCGGCAUGGGCAGAGCCUGCGAAAUCGAGACCUGGGAAAUGGGUGGUCUGGGCCCUUAUAAAACCGGAACAACAUUAAUCGAUCCUAAAGGCGAAAUCGCCUGGCUACCAGCUGACUACGAUGACACAAAGUAUGGCUGGAAGCGUGAUCCCCAGUGGAAGCUGGGAGAGUGUAUCUGGGCCCAGCAUGGUGUGUGGGAUAUGAAAGCUGAUGCAGUGCUAAAGAAAGAUUAUUUUGCUAAAAACCCGCGAACUGGCAAGACGAUUGACUAUCCCAACUUUACCGACACAUAUUUUAUGGACUUCUGGAGGCGGUAUAAAGACUCUUGCCGAAGCCACCACAAAGAUUGCAUCAUGCUCAUGCAGUAUCCCACAUUGGAGCUUCCUCCGCAGAUCAAAGGCACCAAAGACGACGACCCUCUCAUGGCCUUUACACCACAUUUUUAUGACGGCAUUACAUUAAUGACAAAACACUGGAAUAGCACUUGGAACGUCGAUGUUGUUGGUGUAUUGAGAGGGAAGUAUCUUCAUCCCGCCUUUGCCAUCAAAAUCGGCGAAACAGCUAUUAGAAACUGCCUGCGCGAGCAGUUGGCGACUUUGAGACAGGAAGGUAUUGACCGUACUGGUGUUCACCCUUGCUUAAUGACCGAAUUCGGCAUCCCAUACGAUAUGGAUGAUAAGAAAGCUUACAAGACUGGUAACUACGCCAGCCAAACCGCUGCACUUGACGCCAACUACUUUGCUGCUGAAGGUUCAGGUAUGGAGGGACACUGUCUCUGGGUAUACUGUGCCAUCAAUGAUCACGCAAGAGGCGACCAGUGGAACGGUGAAGACCUCUCGAUCUUCUCAAUUGACGACAAGCUACCUCCGACGCCAGCUUUGCCUAAGCAGCAUUCAAGCUCGUCUAAUCUGCUCAAGGUUAAUGCUUCUAUCGACGAAGGUAGCAUCACGCCGGGCAAUAUUCACCGAACUUUAACCAACCCGUCCAUCAGCUCUACACCUUCACUCAAAGACCCUGAACUCACAAACGCCCCGGGAUACCGCUCGGCCGAGGCAUUUAUCCGCCCAACAGCCACUGUAGUGGCAGGCAACACUAUUAGCGCAGGAUUCGAUAUGCGCAAGUGUGUAUAUAACCUGAAAGUUCGAGCAUCAAAGCCAGCUGCAGAGGAUGCCCCUACGAUUGUCAUUUUGCCUGAGUUUCACUUCCCCAAGGACAACUUUGAUGUUACAGUAUCUGCAGGCAAAUGGGAAGUCAGUUUUGACGAAGAAGAAGGUACAUCUCUGCAAAGAUUGCGAUGGUGGCACCCAGCAGGUGACAACGAGCUGUCUAUCAAGGGCGAGAUGAGGAAUCACAGCACUCUAGAGGGAACCGCUGAAGAUGCUGGCUACUUGGAACAAUGCCAGCAAGGUUACAAUAGCUGCACUGUUAUGUAGUUAGUGGCUGCUCGUUUCGCAACUGGUUUUGACGUUUCACAUCCAUAGUUUUGAGAAAGCAUACAUAAUACCCAGACAAUGUAUAUGUUUACAUCCGUUGGAACACAUGACUUGAGCAUACUUUGCAAAUAAGACAUGAAAAUUUAUUUGAUAAGGCAGUCUGAGAGGAUGCAGUAAAUAACUAUCAAACAGCUAUCUGAGCUGCAAUGUUGGCCAUCCACAAUAGGUAAUGAAGUGUGUUCUGCUGCAGCCACAGCGCUUAGACUGGUCUCUAAUUGGUGAGGUUGGGUACGACAGUGUGCUGACCGCUGGCACUGUCGGUUUUUGGUAAAUGCCGACAUUUAGACAGCAACAAAAGCUUCAAAGCUUGUUUGCAGCAAUGCAAAAGAUAUUUGAUAGCUUCGAGGAGUUGUUGGCAGUCCAAUAUGGAGACAAGACACCGUUUAUGCAUUGACGUUCGGCAUACCCGACCUCUUGUUUAUGCGCAGAACUUCCACGCCAUCUCCACUUUAGCCGGUAGCUUAGGACGGGUACGGUUGUAAACAAUGCUGUCGUGGCGAUGGCGAUUACAAGUGAAUGUGAGCCACAGAGGUAUGAGCGCACUGUUUUCCUGCGGGGUUUAAUG